AUGUAAGGUUACCAUGCAUACCAGCCUCUUGCCAUUUCAUUAUUCAUAACUUGGGGAUGAAAAUAGAAAAAUAUCAACAUGUUUAUUUAGUAACAUAUAACAACUUGAUGAGCAACCCUCACAUACAGUAAGAAAUCGUAACGGAAUUACAAGUGGGACUCAUUUUCUCCAAAUUUCAUCUAAUCGUGACUUACAAUAAGAGAAAUUGUGGAAGGAAGCGAAUUCCGGAAUAUAAAGCUAUAUGUAGCAGUUGUUUUGUGUUUCUUAAGACCUUCAGUGCUGACAUAAUAGGUUCAGGUAAAAUAUCACCUCUCAACUCAACUCUGUUGUGAUAACAGAUUUAGAAAAAGUAGAUAAGUAUAGAAGAUAAUACAAAGUUGGGAUCACCAAGUCAACCAGAGAGGGUUUAAUAAUCAUCUGGUGUUAAUAAGCUGAGAUCUGUGAAUUGGUUAUCUCAUACAGCUGCCUUGCAAGCAGGCCUCUCAGUUACUCACUAUGUGUAGUAGCAUCUUACCACGGAUAUAUUUAGAUCCAAUAGAUGAGACAUCAGAGGAAGAGAGUUUGGAGAGUGACUCAGACCACUCAGAUACUUUAAAUCAGAACUUGCACUCAGAGCAAGAACAAUUUGAGAUCAUAACUAAUGGUGAUAAUCUAGGUGCUGGCAGAAGACGACGCUCAUCAUCUUUUAAUAAUAUAGAUAUGGAAAAUCUAACCGAAUCAGGACAUAGUGAAAAUGUGAAAAGUAAUAAUCAGAAUUCUGAUACACAGGAUGACACGGGUGAUUUGUUGAAUGGCAUUGUCAAUGCAGCAAUGGAAGCUAUAGAUAAAGAGGAUAUUAAAGCAGAGAAUAAAAAUAUGGCUGAUACUGAAAUGCGACCUGAUGAGGACAUGCCCCCUCCACCACCAGAACAGAAUUUACCAGAUUUGCCACUGGAGGAAAUACCCCCAGCAGUCCCUGAAGAGAUUUUGUCACCAGUUUCGCCAAAUGAGGACAUUCAACCAAUUGAAUUACAAGAUGAGGAGCUCCCCCCUCCCCCUACCCCGAUAAAAGAUAUCUCUUCUCCUUUUAGCCAGACAGAGGAUACGCCCCAACCUUUAGAAGAAGAGCUACCACCCCCCUACUGCGAUGAUCUAGCUUCUCCCACAGCAAAACAGGAUGACCCUCCUCCAUUUGAUGAAAAUGUAGCACUCCCUAACACAAACAAGGAAACAGAAGCAGAAGCGGAAACAUCUUUACUGUCUGAUAUUGUGAGCACAGCACUUGAUGUCCUAGAUAAGCAGGAUGACAUUGCUUUGGCAGAAGCAGCCUUACCAGUUGAUAUACCAAAAACACCAGAUGAAGUGCCAGAAACACCAGUGAAUGUUCCAGAAACACCAGCUGAAGUGCCAGAAACACCAGUUGAUGUACCAGAAACACCAGAUGAAGUGUCAGAAAGACCAGAUGAAGUGAUAGAAACACCAGUUGAUGUACCAGAAACACCAAAUGAAGUGCCAGAAACACCAGUUGAUGUACCAGAAACACCAGAUGAAGUGAUAGAAACACCAGUUGAAGUGAUAGAAACCCCAGUUGAUGUACCAGAAACAUCAGCUGAAUUGCCAGAAACACCAGUUGAUGUACCAGAAACACCAGCUGAAGUGCCAGAAACACCAGUUGAUGUACCAGAAACAACAGGUGAAGUGCCAGAAACACCAGUUGAUGUACCAGAAACAACAGAUGACGUGCCAGAAACACCAGCUGAAGUGAUAGAAACACCAGUUGAUGUACCAGAAACACCAGCUGAAGUACCAGAAACACCAGUUGAUGUACCACGAUCACCAGAUGAAGGGCCAGAAACACCAGCUGAAGUGAUAAAAACACCGGUUGAUGUACCACAAACACCAGAUGAAGUGCCAGAAACACCAGCUGAAGUGAUAGAAACACCAGUUGAUAUAUUAGAAACAUCAGCUGAAGUGCCAGAAACACCAGUUGUUAUGUCAGAAACACCAGCUGAAGUGAUAAAAACACCAGUUGAUGUAUCAAAAACACCAGAUGAAGUGCCAGUAACACUAGUUGAGGUGCCAGAAACACCAACUGAUACAUUCAAAGAGAAUCCUGAAACACCAUAUGUAAAAAUUGAAACCCAUGUUGAUUCUCCAAGGGAGGGUGACAUUUUUGAAAAAUCAUCAGAAAUCCUUGAUAAACCUGAAGGAAAUGUCACCUUGAGAAGCCCCAGCAUGAGAAUGCAGCCACGCCCUCUCUCUGAUGUUUUUGAAGCACCUCCACCAUCAAAGAUAAUUGCCCAACCAAAAAAAGUGAAUGAACCUAUCUCUAAACCAGACACUCUUAAUGUAAAUUCCAAUGCUGAUGAGUCAGGGAUAGAACUGCAUAGCCCUGUAUCUGUAAAGGUCAAGCAGUAUGGGGAAAGCGAGGCAGUAAACAACCAGCCUUCUAAUCUCAAUAGCACAGCUAAGUUAGGAAUAUCUCAAUCAGAGCAGCUAUUUUCAGGCAAUACACCAAGUAUUUCUUCUACAAGCACAAUGUCAGGAAAUUUGACAAAAACAGUUAUUAGUCAAUCUUCAUCAAGGAGAGUUUCAUCCACAUCUUCGUCAACUGUUAUUGGAAGUGAUGGAGUCAUGGAAACAAAAGUCCAAGAAUCAAAAUUGGAGAAAAAAGCAGCAAGUGAAUCUGAAACUAAGUCUAGUGGAGGUAUUAGUUUAACAUCAAAAACCUCAUCCAGUUCUGAAAAACAGUCAGAUUCAGAGUGUGUCAAAGAUGGACAGGGACGUGUUAUUUCUAGUUCAAAGUCAGAGUCAUUUGUAAAGUCAGGGGGUCCUACGGAGAUCCCAAUAAUCAAAUCAGAUCCCCAAGCAGCAGCAGUGCAGUUGUCUAGUGCAAAGUCUACUGAACAGUCAGACAUUAAUCUCCACAGUGCCCCAGGUCAUAGCCCUACAACUCUUACCACCGUCACACCACACAGUGUCACAUCACAAGCUGUCACACCACAGAGUGUCAUGGCACAAGCUGUCACACCACAGAGUGUCCCAUCACAAGCUGUCACACCCCAGAGUAUCACGGCACAAGCUGUCACAUCACAAGCUGUCACAUCACAGAAUGUCACAUCACUUAGUCUGACAUCACAGAAUGCUACUUCAGAAAAGAAUCUUGUUUCACAAAAUAUCACACCACAAAGUGUAACUAGUCAAAAUGUUGCAGUUGAAAGUAAUGUCACUCAACAGAACAUUAUCUCCCCAAAUGUCACAUCACAGAAUGUCACAUCACAGAAUGUCACGUUACAAAAUGGGACAGAGACAAACUAUGAAAAUAAGCAAAAUGCUGCUGCAAUGCAAAAUGUGGCUAUUACUUCUCAAAAUAUUUCGACUAAAGAAGAUAAGAAUACAUUGAACAUUGAGAAAAGGGAUGCUUUUAAUGCAGAAGUUGACUCAUCUAAGAUUUUACCAGAUGAUCUGUCAAGUGAGUAUCUUUUUUAAAGUUCAUAAUUUAUAGAAUUUCGCAGUUGAGGUUGCUUGUAUAGGUACACAGAACUGUAAAUUGUGAUAUAUUUAGAAUUGAUUCAUGCCUGUGUAUGACGUACCUUAGUUUGAGAUAGAGAGUCUAAGAUAACAUCAGGUUUCACCAGAUGUUAUGUUGUCUGUUUAGAAAGAGAUAAGGUGAAGUGAGGAACACCAUGG